CUUUCCGUCGGUCCUUCGCGUUUCCAGUGCUGGGUGCUUUUUGUCCCCUACUGCGUGCGGUGUCGGCUUCCCUGCGGAAGUGGUGGCCGUAAGGGAAGAAGAUGGCGGCCACUGUGGUGGCAGCACCUGGUGCGGCGGCCAGUAGGGCCAACAAGCGAGGUGGCGAGGGCCCCGGAGGCGGAGGAGGCAGCCGCGGCGUUGGCGGGGGAAACAGGGCGACGGAGGAGGAACCGCCGCCGCCCCUGCAAGCAGUUCUUGUGGCUGAUAGCUUCAACCGUCGCUUCUUCCCGAUCUCUAAGGACCAGCCUCGGGUCCUCUUACCCCUGGCCAACGUGGCAUUAAUUGACUACACUCUGGAAUUCCUGACAGCCACGGGUGUACAGGAAACCUUUGUCUUUUGCUGUUGGAAGGCUGCUCAAAUCAAAGAACAUUUACUGAAAUCCAAGUGGUACCGCCCUACAUCCCUCAAUGUGGUUCGAAUAAUCACAUCAGAGCUGUAUCGAUCGCUGGGAGAUGUCCUCCGUGAUGUUGACGCCAAGGCCUUGGUGCGCUCUGACUUCCUUCUGGUGUAUGGAGACGUCAUCUCAAACAUCAACAUUACCAGAGCCCUGGAGGAGCACAGGUUGAGGCGGAAGCUAGAAAAAAAUGUAUCUGUGAUGACAAUGAUCUUCAAGGAGUCAUCCCCCAGCCACCCUACUCGUUGCCAUGAGGACAACGUGGUGGUAGCUGUGGAUAGUGCCACAAACCGGAUUCUGCAUUUCCAGAAAACCCAGGGCCUCCGGCGCUUCUCAUUUCCUCUGAGUCUGUUCCAAGGCAGUGGAGAUGGAGUAGAGAUUCGAUACGAUUUACUGGAUUGUCACAUCAGCAUCUGCUCUCCCCAAGUGGCCCAGCUCUUCACAGACAACUUUGAUUACCAAACUCGAGAUGAUUUUGUGCGAGGCCUGCUGGUGAAUGAGGAGAUCCUGGGGAACCAGAUCCACGUGCACGUAACAGCUAGGGAAUAUGGUGCCCGGGUCUCCAACCUGCACAUGUACUCGGCUGUCUGUGCCGACGUCAUCCGCCGCUGGGUCUACCCCCUCACCCCAGAAGCCAACUUCACCGACAGCGCCACCCAUAGCUGCACUCAUUCCCGACACAACAUCUACCGUGGGCCUGAGGUCAGCCUGGGCCACGGCAGCAUCCUGGAGGAAAAUGUGCUCCUAGGCCCUGGCACUGUCAUCGGCAGCAAUUGCUCCAUCACCAACAGUGUCAUUGGCCCCGGUUGCCAUAUUGGUGACAGUGUGGUCCUGGACCAGGCCUACCUGUGGCGGGGAGUUCGAGUGGCUGCUGGAGCGCAGAUCCAUCAGUCUCUGCUCUGUGACCAUGCUGAGGUCAAGGAACGAGUCAUCCUGAAGCCACACUGCGUCCUCACCUCCCAGGUCGUAGUAGGUCCCAAUAUCACGCUGCCUGAGGGCUCGGUGAUCUCCUUGCACCCUCCAGACGCAGAGGAAGAUGAGGAUGACAGCCAGUUCAGUGACGAUUCCGGGGCCAACCAGGAAAAGGAGAAAGUGAAGCUGAAAGGUUACAACCCAGCAGAGGUGGGCAACGCGGGCCAGGGCUACCUCUGGAAAGCUGCAGACACGAAUGUAGAGGACGAAGAGGAACUGCGGCAGAGUCUGUGGGGACUCACGAUCAACACAGAAGAAGAGAGUGAGACUGAAAGUGAGAGAAGCACGGAUUCGGAGGGGCUGGACAGCCGGGGAGGCUCCCCUCAGUUGGAUGACAUCAAAGUGUUCCAGAAUGAGGUCCUGGGAACGUUGCAGCGAGGGAACGAGGAAAACAUUUCUUGUGACAAUCUUGUCCUGGAGAUCAACUCUCUUAAGUAUGCCUACAACAUAAGCCUAAAGGAAGUGAUGCAGGUCCUGAGCCAUGUGGUCCUGGAGUUCCCCCUGCAGCAGAUGGAUUCGCCACCCAGCCCGACUCAAUACUGUGCUCUACUGCUUCCUCUGCUCAAGGGCUGGAGCCCCGUUUUUAGGAACUACAUAAAGCGUGCAACUGACCACUUGGAAGCAUUGGCAGCCAUUGAGGACUUCUUCCUGGGGCAUGAAGCUCUCGGAACUUCCAUGGCCAAGGUGCUGAUGGCUUUCUACCAGCUGGAGAUCCUGGCUGAGGAGACAAUCCUGAGCUGGUUCACCCAAAGGGAUAUAACCGACAAGGGCCGGCAGUUGCGCAAGAAUCAGCAACUGCAGAGGUUCAUCCAGUGGCUAAAAGAGGCAGAAGAGGAGUCGUCUGAAGAUGACUGAAGUCACACUUCCGCUCCCAUGUGUGAUUGUUGCCCUCCUCACUCCCAGGACUGAAACGUGAGGACCUGCAGGAGGAGAGUGAGCACCAUCCAGGGUGGGCCUGAAGGAGCAGAGGCUGGAACGACAGUAUUCUUUCCACCCUAACUGGGGAGUUGGGGUGAGGGACGCGGGGCCGAAGCCAAGCUCCUGCCUAAGGAGAGAGGCAGCCCCUGCAGCUGGAGGAAGGCCGGAGGCGCAGCUUUGCUCUGGUUUCCCUCAGGGACAGUAGAGAGCAGCUGGCCCUCUCUGCUGCUUGCUUUUGUCAAUAUUAAAAAGAGACAGCCCGGAAUUUAGCUCAGUGGUGCCGUCGCCUGCCUCGCAAGCACGAGUUUGAUCCCCGGUACCAAAAAAAAGAGACAGAGGUAUGUUUGGUUUCCCUCCAGCCCCGACAGCAGCUGUAAAGUGUGUGAACUCACCUGGCAGCUCUGCCCGAGCCCUGGGGAGAGGAAGCGGGGGUGUUGUGGCCACUAGGUGGUACUGUGGUGCCUCACGGGGGAACCAGUUGUCCUGGCGCGGUGCCUGAGCCUGUCCAUAGCCAGUCCCAGCUGAGGCCCGUGUCCAGGCCUUGCAAGCCUAUUGGCACUCACCGGUCCCUCUCCCACGCCUUUUCCAGGGGACCCAGGACUGGUCCCAUCAGGGAAGCUGGGCCACACUUGGUCUUGAAGAUACAGAAAUGAGCUCAAGGUCUCUGCUUCUUGAAGGGUAAAGCUAAGGACUCAAACCUCAGUGUAGAACUCUGCUUCCACAUCUGUGUCUCCAUGAAGGAAGUUGCCCCCGGAAGCCAGUAAAACCUAAAGCCAGUAAGAAGGCAGGGAGGGGCUGCUUUUAAAUGUGCUUUCCCUCAGCAUUGAGAGUCUAAUGUGCAGCAGGCUUUCUCCUAAAUAUGAUGUUGUGUUACUUCAUUUAACUCUCAAGUCGGCCCUGUGCAGUGGAUCUCGUCAUUUUUCAGAUGAGGCACCUGCAGCUCAGAGAGGUCACACAGCUGGCCACUGUAGAGCUGGUGUUUGAUUCUGAACCUUGACAGUGUGUCACCUUCCUGUCUUGUCUCCUUUAACCUCAGCCCUGAGACAUGCCCUUCGUCUCCCUUGUGAGCUCUUGGUUGCCUUCAUAUAAAAUGAGUUGGUGAUUUUUUUCCUCUGUUGACACAAA